CCUUGCAUUAUCGAUAGCUACGAUUUUGGCGCGGCGGGUUGUGUGUUACAUUCUACCCUCGAACAUCCUCUGUGUUCGCCGCCAAGAAUUUCAUUGAUCCAUCAAGUAAAAGCGUUUGCGCGUUUGCGUGGUUUCGAAGCAACGAGUCAAUUCAAGUCCAGUCCAAUCUAGUGUUUCUGCAGCUGUUUUCUUCCUACGGUGGCCGGAAGUUAGGGUUUCCGGUGUAGCUUGAAGCUGCUCCGCUCCCAACCCGAAUAUUCGCUUCUCUUCUGGAUAUUCAUCAGGUAUUUUUUUUCAAUCUUUGAGGAAAGAGAAUGAUCAUUUGUUCAUCGGUCACUGCUCGGUUUUUUGAAGCUAUUCAAUGAGCUGAGAGAUUUAGAGCAUGGCAAGACAGCUGCCCCAGAAUCAUCUUGAGAAUGCCAUUCCAGGAACUACACCUAGUCAUUGUGUGCAGGAAGAGCAUCUGAUCUCUGCACGCAAAUGGUAUUUCUCCAGACAGGAAAUUGAAAAUCAUUCUCCAUCCAGGAAGGAUGGAGUUGAUUUCAAGAAAGAGUCUCAACUGCGGAAGUCAUAUUGCUUGUUUCUUCAGGAGCUUGGCAUGAAGCUGAAAGUGCCUCAAGUAACAAUUGCAAGUGCCAUGAUGGUAUGCCACCGGUUCUAUAUGUGUCAGUCACAUGCUAAAAAUGACUGGCAGACAAUCGGAACAGCAGGUAUCUUUCUUGCCUGUAAGAUUGAAGAGACACCACGGUUUCUGAAUGAUGUCGUCGUUGUGGCUUUUGAGUUGAUAUUCAAACGGGAUUCUUCUGCCUCUAAAAGAAUUAGACAAAAAGAAGUUUUCAACAAACAAAAGGAAUUAGUCUUGAUUAGUGAGAGGCUUAUAUUGUCAACACUUGCAUUUGAUGUUGACAUUCAGCUUCCCUACAAGCCACUUGUUGCUACUUUAAAAAAAUUGGGAAUGGCUGCGGAUCUUGGGAAGGUGGCUUGGAAUUUUGUAAAUGAUUGGCUUUAUACAACACUGUGCUUGGAGUACAAACCCCAUUAUAUUGCUGCAGGUUCGAUAUUCCUUGCUUCCAAAUUUCAAAAAGUAAAAUUGCCUUCGAACGAGGGAAAGGCUUGGUGGAUGGAGUUCGAUGUUUCGCCAAAACAGUUACAAGAGGUUAUACAGCAAAUGUUGAAGUUAUUUGAGAAAGAUAGAAAACAAAGCCUACCACCUUCAAAAGAGAAGAAUCAUAAGCCAGAAGCUUUAGAUGGACAGACAAGAGUUGAUAGCUCCCAAUCAUGUAUAUCAAGCGUGACGAUUUCUGAUCAUCUCGAUAGUCACAAAGCCAUUAGGGAGGCCAGUGACUGCAACAAGUCUGUAACGCCUAGUCGAUGCCACAAUCAGCAAAAUGUGAAUUACCGCAUUAGUCCUGUGGAAGUUUUACCCUGCCAAACAAGCGAUACUGGGAGUUCAAGUAGUGCCAUUGACAAUGGUGAUACUGGGAUUUGUCAGAAUACUGAAGAAAAUUAUCCUGAUCAGAUCAAACAGUCAAAAACUGUUGCUAUUUCUAUGUCUAAGGACUACAAAAAGAUAAACUUAUGUCAAAUCAGAGAGGCAAUAAAGAGAAGACGACUCUGUAGAACUACAAGCACAACGGAGGUACAGCCAAUGAACUCGGAUGUUGACAGCGAAGCAUGGAUAGAAAAGGAGCUGGAACAGGGAAUAGAGCUAGAAUAUGAAUCCUCAUUGAAGAAGAGACAAAAGGCAUCAUGAAGUUGGGAAUGCAAUUCUACUUACUGAUACAGCAUCGUUUUUUUGUCAGAGCUUUUGAUUGAAUCCAGGAAUUCUUCAUACUGUAAGUAUUAAGAGGGCAUUUUCAGCUGAUUAUUCAUUCUUUUGAUAGUUUUUUUCCCCCAUUCUCUUAUGUAGUCUAAUAACGUACCGAUACAUUUGUGUCACUCUUUCAUUAAUAGUAAGUGUACAUUUUUACGUCGAAGUAUAUUUAUAUCACAACUUUCUAUUUGUUCUU